CUGCACAAUCUCCUUUCCUAAUUCUUUUUAAGCCGUUCUUCCUGCUAUGAACUGCAAUUCAUUUUUUUUUAAAUUAAUUUCGUUCUUAUCAUCAAUUCCCUCUCCAAAUCUUCUGCCCUUUAAUUGAUUUUUCAGCUUCCUCAUUCAAAUCUGCCCCCAAUUAUAGUUUUCAUGAAAAAAAUUACUUUUUUUUUCUCACAAUUCCCUUACUGAAUCGUCUCCCUCCCCUGAUUUCUUCUAUUCUCUGAACUUCUCAGGGAUUAGAUCAGUAAAAAAAAAUGGCUCGGGAAAGCUGCAACCUUGACCAAGAGGAAGCUGAGCUCCUGAAACCUCCUCCAACCCCUCUUUCUCCAUCUCCCCCUCCGUCAAAUUCUCUCUUCCUGAACUCUCCACAGGAAAUCCCGCCGGCGAGACCGAAGAGAAAGAACUCGCCGGCCGGCAGCACGAAGCCCGAUGAAGAAUCCCGACCGUCCGUUCGGCCGGGCAUUCGUUGUGCGAGCUGCUGGAAAAGAGUUGGGCUCACCGGAUUCCGUUGCCGGUGCGGCGACCUCUUCUGCUCCCGCCACCGCUAUUCUGAAACCCAUAACUGUUCCUUUGACUACAAAGCUGCCGGCCGGGAGGCCAUCUCUAGGGCUAACCCCCUCAUCAGAGCUGCUAAGAUCAUCAAGAUCUAAUAAAAAGUUUUGUGCAUUGGAAAGCCAUAUUUCUGGGGACUUCAGAACAUAGAACUUGUGUGCUUCAGGCUUGAGUUUGUGGGAGCUCCGGGAGGUUGAUUUCAUUGAAGAUUUGAAGCUUAUUUUGUCAUAUUUCUGUUCCACAGUCCAAUUUGGUGGCGCUUUAAGAAUAUAAAAAGAUGGCUAUGAACUGGACCGUCCAUCCAGUUGCAGGGCUGAGACAGUUUGUGGGGUUUAAUUAAUUGUUAUUAUUCUAAUCAAUGCAGCUAAUCAAAAUUGCUUUUGCUGUUGAGCCUUAUCUUCUGUAUUAUUCAUACAUAUGGGAAUGCGAAGCUUGAAUA